AUGUCUGGAAAGUGUGCUGUCGUGUGUGUGUUGUUGCUGAGUCUGGUGGAGGCAGCUCCCGUACUAAAAUGCCGGUGGAGCUAUGAGAAAUACUACCAAACAUCUCUCAGGCUCUUGGACCGGAUGGCUGCUAAUGCCACCGAGGAUGUGGAGAACCCUCUGCCUUUUCCCAAGGACGAGUACGAGCUGGAGUCCAAACACUCCGUUGAGCAUCGUCUGACUUUCGUGGCUCAUCUCCUGCACGAGGUGCAGGAUCUGUUUGACCAUGAAAACAUUUCUUCUGCAUCCUGGGAUGAAACAACGCUGGAGCACUUUCUCGCAGUCGUCUACAGGGAGAGAGUUGACCUGCAGGACUGCAUCGCACUGAUGGACAAACUACACAACGGGAGUGAGAAGAAGAGCAAAAACCAACCUUUGCGAAAGUAUUUCAAGGAACUGUCACGCAUGGUUCUGGAAGAAAAGGAGUACAGUGCGGAGGCCUGGGAGAUGAUCAGGAAGGAAGUCAAGUUGCAUCUUUUCCGUGCCACCCAGCUCAUUCCAUCCAAGAUUUAA